AUGUCCUGCUGCAAGCCCUGCGACCCUUGCUGCCAGCCCUGCGGCCCCUGCCCACUGGCCAGCAGCUGCAAUGAGUGCUGUGUCAGGCAGUGCCAGAGCUCCCACGUGGUCAUUGAGCCGCCUGCUGUGCUGGUGACCCUGCCCGGCGCCAUCCUCAGCUCCUCCCCACAGAACACCGCCGUGGGAUCCUCCACCUCUGCUGCUGUUGGCAGCAUCCUCAGCUCUCAGGGAGUGCCCAUCAGCUCUGGGGGCUUUGACAUCUCCUGCAUCACCAACUGCUUUGGUGGCAGCAGAUGCCGUCCCUGCUAA